GCCGACUUGACGCUGUUUCUAGGCCGUGGACGUUUCUUUCUCUGCCUUCUUUCUUCCGGCUGGAUUGAAGUUGUUUGAUUUUGGUCUUGUCCGAGUCAUGCUCUACUAAAGACACGAGAGCACUCUUCAUCUUUACCGGCCUGUCUGCUUCAACUUGACUACAUGGACAGAGUCUGAUCGCCAACUUCAUCUUCUAUUGUUCAAUCUUCGAAAGCGAUUUGCACGACAACGGAGAACAGCCGUGACCAUGACGAAGAGUUCAUCUAAAGCGAAGCUGCCUGUGCAGCAGCUGGCAAUUCUAGCCGUUGCCAGGUUCGCAGAGCCCCUGGCCUACACCUCCGUCUGGCCAUACCUCCCCGAGAUGAUCCGAGGCUUCGGCGUCAAGCGUGACGAGGUCGCGAAAUGGGCCGGCGUCACGUCCUCCGUCUUCUCCGUCUGCCAGAGCAUCACGGCCGUCCCCUGGGGCAGGGCGUCGGAUACCUUUGGCAGAAAGCCAGUGCUCAUUCUCGGCCUUCUCAGCACCAUGAUUUGCUUCAUAGUAUGGGGCAUGUCAACGAGUCUGGCCAUGGCCAUUACCGUCCGAGCAAUCAUGGGCGGCGGCAACGGCAACGUUGGCAUCAUCAGAACCAUGGUGGCUGAAAUGGUGACCGAAAAGGAGCUGCAGCCUAGGGCCUUCUCCAUCAUGCCUCUGGUCUGGUCUCUUGGCUCCGUUGUUGGACCGGCCUUUGGAGGCUUCUUCGCACAGCCAGCCAAGCAGUUUCCCAACGUCUUCGGCAACAUCGAGCUCUUCAAAAAGUUCCCCUACUUGCUGCCGAACCUCCUGGCCACCGUAUUCUUCCUCAUCUCCGCUGCCAGCGCCACCUUCUUCCUGAGAGAAACGCUGGCCGACAAGAAGGAACACAAGGACUGGGGAUUGCUAGUGGGAGAGCGUCUCACUCGUCUGUUUCGCCGAAAGCCGCAACUCAUUUCUCAGCGGCGGAGGUCCUUUGUCGACGGCGAGGCCACUGCGCCCCUCGUCCCAAGCAUCGUCACGCCCAAGAAAGCCGUAACGCCAAAGAGGGAGCCUACAGGAAUGAGGGAGGUGUUUACGUACCAGACGACAAUCAACCUCAUCUCAUAUACCUUCUUGGCCUUUCACUCGGUUGCGUACGACCAGAACAUCACCGUCUUCCUGGAUUAUCCCGUCAUCCCUCGGACGCCCGAGAACACAAAGUUCCCCUUUUACUUUACGGGCGGAUUCGGCUUGUCGUCGGGAAACAUUGGAACGCUCUUCACCAUCUACGGCGUCACUUGCGGACUAAUCCAGUUUCUCAUAUAUCCGCCAAUGGUCAACCGCUACGGCGUUCUCAACUGCUUCAAAGUAGUCUCUGUCCUCACGCCGUUCGUCUACUUCAUCACCCCCUACACAUCCCUCCUCCCCACCCCCGGCACGCGCUUCGCCGCCAUCCUCACCGUCAUGAUGCUCAAGGCCUUCGCCAUCAUCAUCGCCUUCCCCUCGACAACCAUCCUGCUCACCAACUCCGCCACCUCGCUCCGCAUCCUCGGCACCCUCAACGGCUUCGCCACCAUGUUCAGCGGCCUCGGGCGCGCCGCCGGCCCCGCCUCCACCGGCUGGGCCUUUUCCUGGGGCGUCGAGCACGGGUACAUUGUCUCGGCGUACUUCUUCCUCGGGCUCGUCGCCGCCAUUGGCGCCGUGCCCGUGUUCAUGAUUGUGGAAGGCAGGGGCCCCACGGCGUCGGCUGACAGCAGCGACAACGAGGACAAUGAAGAGGACGAGGACGAGGACGAAAAUGCAGUCAUGCUGGAGGACGAGAGCCCCGUGGACGACCACGACUACGAGGAGCCGACGGAUGAUGAUGAUGAUGACGACGAGGCUACUGCGACAUCUCCUCUGCUUGGUGCCAGCAAGCGCACCACUUACAGAACAAGUUCACCACAAAACUAA